AUGGGGAGCAGCACUUUCGCCCUGGUCCUUACCCUGGCCUUGGUGGCACGCGUGGCCCCUGCGGAGAGGAAGUGCCAGCUCCGUGGGCUGUGGAGGAACGAGCAGGACUCGCUGAUGGAGAUUUCAGCAGUGAGAGACAACGGGGAGUUCCAGGGGAAGUACCUCACACAGGUCACCCUCGCCGGUGGCUGCGCCCGUGCCUCCCUCCUGACAGGCGCCCAGCAGCAGCCCAGUGAGGGGGGCUGGCCCACCUUCGCCUUCACCGUGCGCUGGGACAAGUUCUCCAAUGCCACCACGGCCUUUGCGGGGCAGUGCUUCUUGGACACAGGCGGGAAGGAGACGCUGACCACCAUGUGGCUGCUGCGCGAAGCUGUCGGGUCCCUGGAGGAAGACUGGAAAGCCACAAGGGUGGGCAGAAACGUCUUCACGCGCAAACGCACCCCAAAAGGAAAGAUCCUGCCAAGCUUGUCUUCAUCCUGUGAGGACACAGCUUCAUCUGCCCCAUGA